AUUUUGUGAAAUGUGACGCUUGAGCCGCGAACCCAUUGAUAAAUUCGCCUUCUGCCAUGACCGCACGUAUCACUACCGCAAGCAACUCCGUGCUGGAGACAGACACCAGUUCUUCAGAUUCACAGUCUGCAGAGCAGCUGACGAGAUCGUCACUUUUCAACGGACCGUUAUUUUUUAUUCUCGAUCCACUACCCCUGUCGUUUUCCCGUGUUCAUAGUGCUAGACUUCAGAAAGUACUCAGAACUGUUGGUUUUUGUAACUUUUUCUGUAGCACUGAAACCUUGAAGGGCUUUGUUUUGUUUUAUAUACUUCUCCCAUAGUGUUGUUCCUCUCAAGGAUGCGCCAAAGGAUGGGUCAUGUUCUGAAUCAGAAGAGGAGCCUUUUGGAUGUUCUCUGCGUGUAUUUGUCUGUUUCUGUAGUUCACUCCUACAACAUUGACUUAAAACAUGCUGUUGUGUUCCGUGGACCUGACUCGAGUUUCUUUGGAUACUCUGUUCUGGAGCACUAUCACGACAAUACGCGCUGGGUUCUGGUAGGGGCUCCCAAGGCCAACUCUUCCUACAGCAGCUCACUUCACACCCCGGGAGCCGUGUUCAAGUGCCGUGUCCACAGCAACCCAGAGAGACGCUGCACGGAGAUGAACCUGGGCCGAGGGAAUAAGCCCCGGGAGUCUUGUGGGAAGACAUGCCAGGGAGACAGGGAUGAUGAGUGGAUGGGGGUCAGCCUCGCCCGGCAGGACAAACCCAAUGGCAAAAUACUGGCCUGUGCCCACCGUUGGAAGAAUGUCUUCUAUGACUCUGAGCUCAUCCUUCCCCAUGGUUACUGUUCCAUCAUCCCUCCUACGCUACAGGGCCGGACCCAAGCCCUCAUCCCCUGCUACGAAGACUAUAAGCAGAAGUAUGGGGAAGAGCACGGCUCGUGCCAAGCGGGGAUAGCAGGCGUUUUUACUGAGGAGCUGGUGGUGAUGGGAGCUCCAGGAUCAUACUACUGGACAGGAACAGUUAAGGUCUACAACCUGACCUCCAACACCUUCUACAACCCCAACAAAGAAGACAUUGACUCACACAGAUACAGUUAUCUAGGCUAUGCCGUGACUACUGGACACUUCUCCUCUCCUAACAUCAUAGAUGUGGCUGCAGGAGCUCCACAACACAGUGGAGGGGGGAAAGUUUACAUUUUCAGAAUCAAUGGAGUGUCUUUGGUGAAGAUCUUUCAAGCCUCGGGGACAAUGAUGGGCUCUUACUUUGGCUCCUCAUUAUGUGGAGUUGACCUGAACAGGGACGGCCUUUCGGACCUGCUGGUUGGAGCGCCCAUGCACAGCACGCUACGGGACGAGGGACAGGUCUCUGUCUACCUCAGCAAAGGCAACGGUGUGAUGGAGGAAGUAGGACUCUUAAAUGGUGAUAAUGCCUACAGUGCACACUUUGGAGAGUGCAUCACUGCAAUCGGAGACAUUGAUGACGAUGGGUACCAAGAUGUGGCCAUAGGAGCACCCAAAGAAGAUGACUACGGUGGAGCGGUUUACAUUUACCAUGGUGAUGCCACAGGAAUCGUCACCAAAUAUUCUAUGAGAGUGUCUGGACAGAGCAUUAACCCCACCCUCCAGAUGUUCGGCCAAUCAAUCUCUGGCAAUGUGGACAUGGACAGCAAUGGAUAUCCAGAUAUUACCAUUGGUGCUUUUAUGGCUGAUAGCGUGGUGUUAUUGAGGUCCCGGCCGGUGAUCACUGUGGACGUGUCUAUCUACCUGCCUGUCUCCAUCAACAUCUCUGUGCCUCAGUGUCACGAGGGACCACAACACCUCAACUGUUUCAACGCAAGAGUCUGCCUGCUCUUCAGAGGAAAACACCUGCCAGGACAGAUAGAGUUGUUGUAUAACCUGACAGCUGAUGUGGAGAAGAGGCAGAGGAGCCAGUCUUCCAGAGUUUACUUUAUUCAGAACGGAGCCCAGAUCAGCUUAAUGAGCAACGAGCUCAGUCUGGACAUCAACAGAGAGGAUUGCCAACAGUACACUGCAUAUGUUAAGAAGGACGUGAAAGACGUAUUCACAGCCAUCACCUUUGAGGUGGCCUACACCCUGGGGAAGCAUGUGGUGAACGGUCACCUGGACAAAGACCUGCCUGCUCUUACACCUGUACUGCGCUGGAGGAAAGGAGACAAGAUGGCAGCAAAGAAUGAGACAUGGUUCGAGAGGAACUGCCUGUCUGAUGACUGUGCUGCUGACCUGAGACUCCAUGGGAAACUACUGCUUUCUGGGCUCCACGUGCGGUCCCAUCUGGCCCUAGGAGGAGUGAGGAAUGUCUCUCUGAACGUGACCAUCUCCAAUGCAGGGGACGAUGCCUACGACACCAACAUCUACUUCAACUUCUCCAGAGAUGUCUUCUAUAUCAACUACUGGCAGAAGGAAGAGAAGGGUAUUUCCUGUGGUCUUGUUGAUUUAGACUUCCUCCAAUGCAGCGUGGGGUUUCCCUUCAUGAGAGUAAAGACUAAGUAUCAUCUUGCAGUGAUCUUCGACACAAGUCGGCUUUCAGGGGAAAAUGAGACAUUGCAGUUUUUAGUUCAUGCAAAAAGUGCCAACCCUGAGCAUAGGCUGUUGGACAACAAGUUGGAUCUGUCUAUCCCACUGGUCCAUGAGGUGGACACAGCUAUCACUGGUUUAGUGACUCCAACAUCCUUUCUGUAUGGGAACUCCAUCGUUGCCUCUCGCUUCAUCCAGCUGGAGGACAUGGAGUGUAACUUCCAGCCUUUAAACUUCACCUUUCAGGUGAUCAACAACGGCCCCAGCAGGUUACCUGGCUCCAUAGUGGACAUCAGGAUCCCAAACCGACUGGCUGGCAAUGGGGCCGACAUGUUCCACAUCAUGGACAUACAGGUGGCGGAGGGGCAAGGGAACUGCACCCCUCAUAGGAACCCCCAGCCCUGUUCCAUCUCCCAGGACAGAGAGAGUAUCUUCCACACCAUCUUUGCCUUCUUCACCAAGUCUGGACGCAGGGUCCUGGACUGUGACCGGCCAGGGAGAGCAUGUUUAACCAUCUCAUGUACUCUGGGCUCCCAGUCCAAAGAGGAAGUUGUCAGUAUACAUGUGAAACUUCUACUAAACACAGAGAUACUGAAGAGGGACAGCUCAUCGCUGAUCCAGUUCGUGACUAGGGGUAAUGUGAGAGUGGACGGGAGGGCCAUAGAGGUACCGCAGGGGCUAUCAGAAGACACUUCACUGGUGUUCGAGGCGCUCCACAGCCAGGAGCCAAGAGGAUAUGUUGUUGGUUGGAUCAUUGCCAUCAGCCUGCUGGUGGGAAUACUCAUCUUCCUACUGCUGGCUGUGCUGCUCUGGAAGAUGGGUUUCUUCCGCCGGCGCUACCGGGAGAUCAUCGAGGCCGAGAAAAACAGGAAGGACAGAGCUGACGAGAGCUGGGAUUGGGUGGAAAAGAACCACUGAGGGAAAGAGAAGACAAUGAGAGCACAGGGUGUGGGGAUUGGGUCAAUGGAGGAUCCAAUGACCCAGCCAGCCAAUCAGGAAUAAGGGCCCUUCAAUCUUCCAUAUCUGGAAGAGAAAUAAAUGGUCUCUGGAUUUUUUGGAGGGAGACUUUUUUUUGUGCGUGGGAGACUGGGGAUCGAGGGAACUAACAGGCAGAAAUCUGAGGUGGAGGUUGGUGUCGCUCGCUCGGGUCAGAUUCAUUAAGACCCUAAUUCAGUGCAACGGAAAUUGGAAAUGAGUGUUUCUUAUUGAACAAACCCAAGGAUUACAUUCCUGUUUGUCUGUUUUCUUUUGUUUGAUGUCAAAUUAAUACAACACUCGCAAUAGAAUUCAAUUAGUCCCUAUGGAGGAAACUCCCUGCCAACGGAAAUAAACAAAAUUGAACUGUUAAAGAAACAACUGGCCUGUUCAGGAUGCUGUAAUGUUCCAGAACAUUCAGAUGUAAAUAUAUUGUGCAGAACGGACAUGAUGCGUUAGCUCUAAACAUUCUAUUUCUAUCUGCAAUGUUCUGAGUGUUUCACAUCACUGAAUACACCCAAGGAGAUAGACGUCCUUGGACAGGAUGUGGCAAUGACGCGGAUAUUAUCGGAUGGGACAACAAAAACCCUCAGGGCUCUGUUUUAAUAGUAGUGAACAUUUAUUUUUAUACAUAUUAUAGCCAUAUUGUAUUAAAUUGGGGCUUUGUGAAAUGGUUGGUUCGAGUUUUUGAAGUCUAAUGUAAGAAUAUCUAUGUUUUUUUUUAAAGCACUGAUGUCCGAGUUUAUGCUAUAUUUCAGCGUCGUUCCUUUAGUUUCCAGGGCAAAGAUACAGCAUGUUAUGUUUAGUAAAUUAGUCCAUUUGUAUAUUAUCCAGUAUCGUGAGACGUGGAUUUUCUGGAGUGUGAAAGAUUGUGUCUUUUUAACUCUGUACUGUUUCCUGCUCACAAAUAUCUCUUUAAUAUCUCACACAUCUCCCUCUCCUUUCGAUAGAUAGCUAUAUGGGCAACCAGCCAAGCAAGUCCUAUGAAGGCCCACAGAAAUACAAUUACAGGAGCAGACAUUCCCAUUCAAGUCAAAAUUAUAUUUCUGUGUGUAGACCUUCCAUUCACCAUAAACAGAGAUAUAAUUUUUGUCACACAUCGAAGUUGUCCCUAUCAUGAAGAAAUGCUGAUAACCAAUCAAAAGAGCUCUAUGAAAUGUUUAAUUGAUUAUACAGUGCAUUCGGAAAGUGUUCAGACCUCUUGACUUUUUCCACAUUUUGUUACAUUUACAGCCUUAUUCUAAAAUUGAUUAAAUAAAAUCUUCAGCAAUCUACACACAAUACCCCAUAAUG